AUGGCCAAACAUUAUUAUUACAACAAUACUGUUCCACCAGCAACAUUUUGUGACACCACAGAAGACCCUGCUUAUUGCAAAACCCUGCUUGCAAACCAAUACGGCAACGGUUAUGACUACGGUCGAAUUUGCGUCCAAAAAUCAGUGUCACAAUCACACAGCUUCUUGAAUUUAAUGGACUCAUAUCUCCAGGAUGGAUCAUCUUACGAUCAAAACACGAUUCGAGCCCUCCAAGAUUGUAGAUUCCUCGCUGAACUAAACUUGGAUUUCUUGUACAACACACAAGAGACGGUUAAUAAAUCCAGCAAUGUUCUUCAAUCUUCACAUGCUGAAGACAUUGUGACACAGCUCAGUGCUACUUUGACGAACCAACAAACAUGUUUGGAUGGUCUUCAAACGACAGCUUCCGAUGAAAGAGUGAAGAGUUCUCUUUCUUCAAUGCUCUCUAAUGAUACCAAGCUCCAUAGCAUGUCCUUGUGUUUGUUCAGGAGGGGUUGGGCUCCUGAGAAGAAAAUCAAACAUUCAUGGAAACAAAAUGGUCGUUUACCGUAUAAGAUGCCGAAACGAGUACGUGACAUGUAUGAUUCGGGUAGAGGCCGCCAUGGAAACCACGGCCGCCACCACCACCUGAGGAAACUGCUUCAGACGGAAAGCGUAAAUGUAAGGGACAUGGUGGUUGUUAGCAAGGACGGAAGCGGAAAUUUCACCACCAUCAACGCAGCCAUAGCUGCGGCGCCAAAUAACACGGCUUCCAGUGAUGGCUACUUCCUUGUUUUCAUUAAGAAAGGUGUGUAUGAAGAGUAUGUGUCCAUUGCGAAGAACAAGAAACACUUGAUGCUAGUUGGAGACGGAAUCAACCAGACAAUUAUCACCGGCGAGCGCAAUGUUGUCGAUGGCUCUACAACGUUCAACUCAGCAACUUUUGCUGUGGUGGGACAAGGUUUUGUAGCAGUGAACAUAACAUUUCGAAAUACAGCAGGACCAAGCAAGCACCAAGCAGUUGCUCUUAGAAGCGGAGCCGACUUAUCAGCCUUCUACAUGUGCAGCUUUGAGGGCUAUCAAGACACACUCUACGCCCAUUCUAUGCGUCAAUUCUACAGCGACUGUCACAUUUAUGGCACCGUUGAUUUUAUUUUUGGUAACGCCGCCGUAGUCUUCCAAAAUUGUAACAUCUUCCCCCGCCUCCCUAUGAUCGGCCAGUUCAACUCAAUUACCGCACAAGGCAGAACUGAUCCCAACCAAAAUACCGGAAUCUCCAUACACAACGCAACGAUUCGAGCCGCUGACGAUUUGGCCCCUCGCGUUGGUGUUGUGAAAACGUACCUCGGUAGGCCGUGGAAGCAAUACUCGAGGACGGUUUUCAUGGAAUCUUUUAUGGAUGGUUUUGUUGAUCCUGCUGGGUGGCAUGAUUGGAGUGGAAGUUUUGCGCUGAAUACUUUGUAUUACGCGGAGCAUAAGAAUGCGGGAAGUGGUUCAAGCACUGCAAGUCGAGUUUCGUGGCCUGGUUAUCAUGUUAUUGGGGCAAUGGAUGCGGCUAAUUUCACUGUGUCUAAUUUCUUGCAGGGGGAUAGCUGGUUGCCUCAAACGGGUGUUCCAUUCUUGAAUGGCUUAAUAUAA